AUUUUCGGGACACCACAAAAGUUCGCAGAGUAGAACGGAGCAAUAUCGAGAGCUCCUACAAUCUGAAACUGGCAAUACUACUGAGACCUGACGCGAAUUAACAUGAUGCCUUCACUUGACGAGGAUGAAUUCAGCGUGCCACUUCCGAAAAGGCAAAAGCGCAUCCCUGAGCAUCAGCGCAUCUCAAAUUCGCGAAAGACACUUGAGUCCAGAAUAUUUUCACCAUAUCGGACACUUGGGCUCGUCUCCCCCACAGCUGUUCCUUUCACGUAUGUGCGCUUGGGAAAAAGUACUUUUCAAAUCACGACCUGUGUGGGCCGCGGUUUGCACACCUAUGAUCUACGCCGAGGGCUGAGUUUGAUUUUCAUCAGCCGGCCUCAGACGCCAGAAGCUAUAACUGCCACAUUUGCAUGGCGUGAGAAGGUCUUUGCAGCGUGGGGAAAUCUCAAACCAGGGACAUGUGGAGGUAUAUGGGUUUUCAAACGCGGCAAAAAGGUCGCUGCAUUAGAGGUGCCUUCGGGCCGAGCUGGGCCUAUUACCAAAGUACUUGUUUUUGGCGCUUGGAUUGUGGGUUGCACUGGCACCAGCAUUGAAGUCUGGAAAAAUACGACCUACGAACAUUACACGACGUUGAUUCCUCGCGGAGUUGAAGCGGCAUCCGGAGACCCCAUUUACGGCGGUCUAAUGUGCAGUAUGCCAACGUAUAUCAAUAAGGUUUUCGUUGGAAGGGUUGACGGCUGCGUGGACAUUUGGAAUGUGAGGACCGGAGAGCUACUCUAUACCAUUCCUACGGCAUGGCCAAGUGUUGGAGCUGUGACUGCUCUGCAACCGACUCCUGUGCUAUCUCUCAUUGCUAUUGCUCAUGCGGAUGGCUCUUUAUUCAUCCGUAACGUCGAUACCGAGCAGAUUAUCUUGUCAUUGCGCUCGGGUUCCUCGCAUAUCACAUCACUCGCCUUCCGGACUGAUAGUCUAGGCGCUGGCGCAGAUGGCCAAUCCCCGGGUGUCUUAGCGACAGCUUCUGUGGAUAGUGGCGACAUCACUUUGUGGGAUUUGAACAACGCAGGGCGUGUCACGGGCGUCCUUCGGAACGCCCACAGAACACUUCAACAUGAAACAGCAUCUGGCAUAAAUUGCGUGGAUUUCUUGGAUGGCCAACCUUUGUUGGUAUCGACUGGGAAAGAUAACUCUCUCAGGACCUGGAUAUUCGAUGAGACGCCAUUUUCACCUAUUCCGAGACAACUUCAUUUCAGAAGUGGUCAUUCUGCUCCUGUCACUGCGUUGAGUUUCUUGCCCUCAGCAACGGAUGGCUCGGAAGCCAAUGGUAAAUGGCUACUGAGUGCGAGCAAGGACUGCAGUUUAUGGGGACUUAGUGUACGAAAAGACAGCCAAAAUACUGAAAUUUCGCAGGGCGCAGUUGAGAAGAAAGUCAAAAAAAUGUCUGGUCCAGUUCCUGUGAACUUAGACAUGCAACAUCGCACACAGGGUUUCAGAGCUUCAGAGAUAACUUGCAUUGCAUGCUCACUGAAUCGCGAUGGUGGCAUGGGUGUCACCACAUCUGGUCCGAUUUGGGCUAACCCGAGAGUAGCAGAUGCGGCUGCUUCGAAUAAGACGGGAUGGGAGAGUAUAGUCACUGCUCACCGUGGGGACAAGUUCGCCCGUACUUGGUUUUGGGGUAGGAAAAGAGCUGGACGCUGGACUUUUGAAACAAGCGAUGGAUCUGUCGUGAAGAGCGUCGCUAUCACGCAAUGCGGGACUUUCGCUCUUAUUGGGUCCAGUAUGGGAAGUAUCGAUGUGUUCAAUCUGCAGUCCGGCCAGCAUCGGCAGAGUCUCCCGGCUCGCGGUUUGAAAAGUAGGCGAACUGCCGAGCUUGGUUUAGCAAAUGGUUCUCAAGAAAAGAAAAUCGGACAUACAAAGGCAGUCACUGGCUUAGUAGUCGAUUCUUUGGACCGGACUGCCAUAAGCUGUGGGUUGGAUGGGAAAGUCAAGUUCUGGGAUUUUCAUUCCGGGUUACUCCUAGAUGAGCUUGAUUGGCAUCCAAUGACAGCAAUCACUGGUCUGCGCUAUAACAGCAGCAGCGAGUUGGUCGCGUUCAGUUGUGAUGACCUCUCGAUUCGUGUGGUUGACAUUGAAACAAGAAAACUCAUACGCGAAUUCUGGGGCUGCGUCGGUCAGAUCAAUGACUUCAUUUUCUCCAAUGAUAGCCGGUGGAUAGUGGCUGCUUCUAUGGACUCACGUGUCCGCGUUUGGGAUUUGUCAACAGGACAUCUAAUUGAUAUCUUCCGAGUGCCUAGCACCUGUACCUCGCUAUCCAUGUCAGCAACUGGGGAAUUUCUGGCAACAGCCCAUUCGGAUAGUGUCGGUAUUCGUCUCUGGACGAAUAGGAGUCUGUUCAUUCCAAUUUCGACCCAGAAUCUGGACGAAUCUGGUUUUGCUGAUUCUCAUAUCCCUAUCACAUCCGCAGAGGAGAGUGCUGGAGCCCUUGAGGCUGCAUUUUCCGAAGAUCAUCAUCAGGAUGAGGCGGAGGGGCCCGUGCUAUGUGACGAACAACUGAGUACGGGGAUGGUAACACUCAGUGCCAUCCCCAGGAGUAGAUGGCAGACUCUACUCCACUUAGAUUUAAUCAGGGAACGCAACAAGCCUAAAGAUCCUCCCAAGGCACCCGAGAAAGCCCCAUUUUUCCUGCCAUCUGUUUCCGAGAAAACGAGCGUUGAAAAUAGCGACAGAAGUAUGUUGUCGGUUGAACACACGCUCGCCGAACGCUCAAGGAUAGUCAGACACCAACGAUCUCAGACUGUGGACGACUCUGGCUCUUUAUUCACAGUCCUUCUGCAUUCCGGUCGUCAGUCUGACGAUUUUGCACCCUUCACAGAGUAUUUGAAAACUCUAUCUCCAGCAAGGACUGAUCUGGAGAUUCGAUCUCUGGAUCUGCGCGUACAAGACGGUCAUUCUGAGUUGUCUAUAUUCGUCAUGGCACUGACUACGCGACUCCGUCUCAGGAAAGAUUUCGAACUUGUGAAUGCUUGGAUGGCGGUAUUUCUGAAAAUACAUGCUGAUAUUGUGCGGAAGUGCUCCGAGUCGGCGGCGAAUGACCACGGAGAACUGAGAAAAUCUCUUGUUCAGUGGAGUGAAGAACAGCAGCGGGAAGCCAAACGCUUGGCUGACCUAGUUGGAUACUGUCGAGGCGUAGUGGGAUUUAUAAGAUCAUCACGUUAGGAUAUGUUGAGCUUGAGGACAACAAUCGACACUGUUACGUGUAAGGCCAUACUUCCUCGUACUCUGGCUAUGCUGGUCAGUGGGCUUAUUACAUGAGCUCUGGUAGCACUCAAAAAUAUCCGCGAGCUCACGGAACAAGGAAACCAAGAGUGUUCGUGUCACAACGUCUCCAAACUCCUGACAUGCAUUCCUAAUCUAUCCAGUGGAAUUGUAUGCAAUAUAUGUCAUCUCGUUAGCUGUUUGU